GAUGGACGAGACGAACGCCGCAAGGGAACUGGUCAACGCAAGAGAAAGGCAAAGAAUGUACGAAUUGAACAAGGCCUUGGACGCUCUUCGGCAGGUCAUGCCUUAUGAUCACGGACCAACCGUGAAGAAGAUGUCUAAAAUGGCUACACUUUUACUCGCUAGAAACUAUAUAUUACAAAUUAAUGAUUUCCUCGGAGGACGAGUUCCUUUAAACUUGCAAUUGAAACUGGCUGGUCAUGUUCUUCUCGUUCAGUUGCAGCUGUCAACUUCCUUAUCGAAACGUAAACCUUCCAAUGUUCGUACACCCACGGUGACUUUAAAUACAGACGGGAGGACGGUUUGUCGGAAAUUAAAAGAAUUGUCUAGUCAAGCGUGUCGGAACUGCAGAUCGUCGGCCGUUUUAGAGAGCGUCCGGUGCCAUGGACGUGGUAUUUUCUCGGGGACAUUCUCCGGCACCAUUGCCCCAUUGAAACACGCGGACAGCCGUAAGGUCGAUACCAUAUUUCGGAUUUUACAAGACGUUCUUUUCUCAUCAUCGACCCUAAGACGUUGCGUCCGACGACACCGACGCCACAGACAAAGGAGUGGGACUGACCGGCAAGAGUCACGACCUAAUUCGGCAGCUGAAUUAGAGCGCCGUGCUGUUGAAAAUUCCCAGACACGGAGCAAAAUGGCUGAGUUACGUAACGCUCUCGAACAACGAAAGCAACGCCGCCGUGCUAGACGCGAACGACAAGCGUCACCGUGGAAAUCGAAUGAAGGUUUCGAGACUGUUGUCGUAUGA